AUGACUUAUCUGUGGAGGAGGACAUUCCUUCGACCCGCCUGGUAUUGGAGAGAUAUAAACAGAGCUCUGCUCAGUGGAGAAAAGAAAGAACGAUUCAUGUCCUAUUUCCAACAAAAGAGGGAAGACAUAAAAGAAACGGAAGAGUCUUACAAUUUAGAAGAAGCCUUCCUAAGACGUAUUUCAAAAAUGAAUAACAGUGCGUUGGCACACACAUGUGAAGAUAUUAACAGAAGGAAAAUGAAUAACCAUUAUAUGUGGGAGUUAGUUCACGUCAGAGUGAGAGCAAUUAGAAACUCGUUCAAUGGAGACGAGUUGGUUGUCAUGCUUCAUGCGUACUGUAAUAGUUUGUCGUUUGAUCCCAAUUUUACCGAUUUGGUAAAUUUAUUUUGGGACUUGUUGGAAGAGAAGCUAGAGAAUCUCGACUAUUUAUCGCAUAUAGCUCUAUACUACUGUGCAGAGAAAACAAAAAAUGAAAAAAAAAUGGAUCAAAUUACUGCUUUGCUUCAAAAUGCGCUACUAAAGAAUGGAUCCCCCCAAAUGAAGCUCACGGAAAGGGGACUACAAAUUAUUUUAAAAAUUUUUUGCAAGAACGAAAAGAUAGUGGUCCAAAAGGAACAUAUCACAGCUGUUGGGGAACUUAUACAAAAAGUGGAUGUGAAGGAGGUACGAAAUGUAUUCUCUUUUGAUGAACCUUUCCUUGCCAUUUUAAAAAAAAUUCAAGAGUUACUAAUUUUUAAGAAGAUAAAUCCGUGUACUGUUUUGAAGUGCUUGAGCGUUACGCCGAAGCUUUGCAAUGACAAUGCCGCCGCGCUGCAGGGGGUUAGGAGCACUUUGUGCGUUGCCCACCUGGCGCAGCGAAUAAGAGCUGGGCGGUAG